AUGAAACAACAACAACAACAACCAAUGAAGACAGCAAAUCAUUUUCAGUAUCACAGUUCGCUGAAUUUAGCAACAUAUCCAGACAAACUAUGGACAGAUGCUCAAGUUCCCUACAUGCUUGAAGAAGGCAUGACGCACGCACAACGAGCUGCAAUUGCUCAAGCUUUUGAUGAGUAUAAGGAUAAAACAUGUGUUCGAUUUGUACCCAAACAGGACACCGACUAUGACUAUGUUUAUAUCAAAACAAAUGUCGCAUUUGGCUGUUCAUCAUAUGUUGGUCGAGCCGGUGGAAACCAAACUGUUUCACUAGAAGUUGGAAAGUGUUUUACGAAAGGUAUAAUUGCACAUGAAUUAAUGCAUGCACUGGGAUUUUUUCAUGAACAUUCACGAACCGAUCGUGACGAUUUUGUUGAAAUUGUCGAGGAGAACAUUAGGCCAGGCAUGUUAAGAAAUUUUGAAAAAUAUCCAAAAAAAAUCAUUGAUCCUUUGGGUAUGCCAUACGAUUACGAUUCGGUUAUGCAUUACCAUAAACUGGCUUUCUCAAAAAAUGGAAAGGCUACUAUUGUUCCACGUGAUCGAAGUGCUGAAAUUGGACAACGUUAUAAGCUGAGUAAAAUUGAUGCUCAAAAAAUUAAUAAACUUUAUCAGUGUGGAGAAUUUGCAGUUAAAACCAGUAUAACACCAUCAAUACCAGAAACAACUAGUACAACCAAACCAAAAACUACAACAGCAUCAACAGUAUCGUCGACAUCACAAUCAACGACAACUGCAAAAACCACAAAAUCGUCAGAAUCAACUGCAACUGCAGCAACAACUGAAGCAUUGACAACAACUGUUUCUUCUACUUCAACAUCAGAUUACACAAAUGGCAUCGAAACAUCAACUGAUACAACAUCAGUUACAGAAAGCAACACAGAAGCUCCGGAACCCACAACAGUUAGCCUAACAUCUACAGUUACAACUGAUAAGGAAACCGAAUUAACCACAGUAACACCAAAAAAACAGUGUGAAAAUCUGAAUGCCCAUUGUGAAAUGUGGGAACAAUUGGGCCACUGUCAACAUUCAGUUAAAUAUAUGAGCCAUUAUUGUCGAAAAGCUUGUGGCCUAUGUUCGACUGAAAUUACGGUUACUGAAAAACCGAUUCGGCCAAAAAAACGGCAAUGCUUGGACAAAAAUCUUUUCUGCGGUUAUUGGGCAAAAAUUGGUGAAUGUAAAAGUGAGAGUAAAUUUAUGAAGAUAUUCUGUAAACGUUCCUGUGGUCAAUGUCAGGACGACGAUGAAUAG